AUGUCCCGACGCUCGUUGCCCGACCAAAUCGCCGACGGCCUAGGUCUGCUCGGUGCUUUUGCUGCUGCCAUUAAAACUACUCAGACAAACCCACCGGAACUCGAUGAUCCUUUGGCUGCCAUUGCAGAUAUUGCAAAGCUCUCUAAGGCCCAUGCCACCAAACUUGCUGUGGCUUGUAAGCCACCCUUCAGUUCGGAUCUUGUAGCACCGCUAUUUGCAGAGUCGCUCAAGAUGGCGGCACCCAUGGCUGCUGCUGUUUCUGCGGCGGACAGUAAACUUGCAAAGCUAGUAGUUACAGAGCUCAAAAGACUUGUGGCCAACUACUUUGCAAGUUUGCACGCUUUUUACACAGAGAUCCGGGUCCUGGCCCAAAGCACGGAGCCUGAAUCAUCGUCUGCGCGGCUUGUGACGACGGCUGAGUUAUGGUAUGCUUGUGACCAACUGGCUGCCUCUCCAACGACGCUUACACCGUCCCGUAUUCUUGCGCAAAAGACCAAACUUUACUGCGAUACGAUUACUGAUGCCGCCGAAGAACUUUCUGACGCAGCAGCUGGUAAUCUAGACGAGGGCUACGACUCGGAAGAUGGCCCAGAUUUUGUUAUUAUGGAUGGCCCUGUAGAUGCGCCUUUAGACGAAUCUGUUGCCAAAGACUUUGACUCGCUUGCAAACAAAACAGCCAAGCUUAGCAUAGAAGAAAUCCCACGGGACACUAUGGCCUCGUAUGCAAAGGCUCUGGGACUUAUUCCACAAGCAAUCAAAACGUCUAUUCUAUUUCUUCUACGCAAAAAGGACACAAAGCCUGCAGAUUACGACACGCUUUAUGCUCAUUUUAAGACUAUAGUGGCGCUGGUGGACGAUCUUGUUGCGUAUUCAACAUACCAGCCUGAUGAGACUGAGGCAGUUGAAACUGCAAAAGGUAUAGUCACUGAGCUUAAGGAUAUAACCACCUUGACGGGAGCAUCUACUGAUCUUUCUGAAAUCCAAACCAACUUGCAAUUAUAA